AUGGCCCGGGUCAACGAUCUUGAAGGUACCGAUGGUAUAGUACAUCUGGAACCUAUCCUUACAUCCCAUCAAGACGCUGAGCUCGAGAACGAGGACGUCAACGAAGACGAGCUUUUUACGGUUUUUACCAAAUGGCAGAAACACUGGAUCAGCCUCAGCGCAUCGUUUUCGGCCAUGUUUUCUACCAUGAGCAGUUACAUAUACUACCCGGCCAUUGUUCCCAUCUCUCGAAACCUUAAGGUGUCGGUCUCCCUGAUCAAUCUUACAGUAACCUCGUAUUUGAUUAUCGCCGCGAUUGCACCUGCCUUUAUGGGGGAUAUGGCUGACCAAAGUGGCCGGAGACCAAUAUUCCUCUUGAUGUUCGUCUUGAUGAUUGGAGCAAAUGUUGGGAUUGCUCUCCAAAGUUCAUUUCCUGCCCUACUGGUGCUUCGUAUGCUUCAGAGCUCAGGUGCUUCUGGGUUGACUGCCAUUACCUACGGUGUUAUAUCGGACAUUACAUUGCCGAAAGAUAGGGGAGGUUUCGUUGGUGUAUUGUUACUCUUUACAGACAUUGCCCCUAGUCUUGGACCUGUGAUUGGAGGCGGCAUAACUCAAGAGCUUGGAUGGAGAUGGAUAUUCUGGUUCCUGACAAUUAUUAUUUCAAUUACAGCUCUUACCAUGCUGUUUUUCUUCCCCGAGACGCAGCGCAACAUUGUGGGAAAUGGCAGCGCCAACGCCAGGGGCAUUUACUGGAGCUUUCUCACUCUGAUCAACAAGAGCCCCCAAAGGAAGAACGGAGGAGCAUUGAGAAGUCAAAAUUCCAGGCGACACUGGCCAAACCCGUUCGCCUGUCUGCCGAUCUUGAAAGACCGCAGCUCACUCGUAGUGAUACUCCUGUACGGCAUCACAUAUUCCGUGAAAAUGACGCUGCAAACAUCGCUGGGUGCCCAGUGUUUGGAGAUCUACAAACUAGACUACCUGACUGCGGGAUUGAUAUAUAUUCCUUCCGGGGUCGCCGGAGGGAGAAUUCUCAAUCGGAAUUACCGAACAGCAACAAGCAAGCUAUCAGAAAGUAGUGACCAAAAUGGCAUUGCGCCCUCUGAAGUACAGAUUGAACAAGUCAGAUUGAAGGGCUUCAACUUUUUAGUCACUAUAAGCGCGUUAGGAACUGUUGGAUACGGUCUCGCGCUCAUGGCAAAAGCGCACAUGGCUGUCAUGAUUAUAAUGCAGUUUAUCACUGGAAUCACCACUGCUAGUCUGUUCACGAUGACAGGAACACUCUUAACCGACCUCAACUGCGAAAGAUCUGCUACAGCACAGGGUGCGUCCAGCAUAGUGAGAUGCUUGGGAGCGGGUGCGGCAAUUGCAGCACUACAACCACUCGCCGAUGCUGCGGGUUUGGGUUGGUGUUUUGCUAUCUAUGCAUUGUUCCUUGCCACUGAGUUGCCUUUGGCUUGGAUCAUUCGCAAGAAGGGACCGGGUUGGAGGAAGCAGCGCAGACCUUGA